UCUGUCAGUGUGUGGUUGAGAUACAGCCUGACAGCAGGCGGGCAGAGUUGAAGAGAGAUCAAGAAAGAAGGAGCAGGGCAUGUUACAGGAACAAAGUUAGGCCUUAAAGAGUGUGCACAGGCAGACACAGGCUCUUGGACCACAAUUCAUGCAGUAUGAUGCAAAGGUGUUUGUCAGAUAUAACAGAAAACAAAACAAACUUGUGUAAAACGCUGAAGAGAGAGAUCCAACUGACAAAACGGUGAGGAAACCGCACGUUCUAGUUGAGUGUGAGAGACAGCGACAGGAAGAAGGUUAGAAGCGUGGUGGUUUAUUUAAAAAAGAUAUAUUUCCUGUUUUAAAUUGCAAAGAACCGUGUGUGCAGUGAAAGCAAAUGACUAGUUUACUGGAACCCAAUUUGAUCCCCAGCUCCAACCAGGCAUAGGUAUCACUGUCAGACUAACUUUUCUGCUGAGAUGAAGUAAGAUUUGAUCAUCUGAAGAAUUUGACUGGGAAAAGAAUUAAUGUGAAUCGAAACGAAAUGCUGAAGCACCUGCAGACUCCUAGGUUGUGAGCGCGGCCCAAGGACUAACAUUUUCACUGGCUGUUCACACUGCUUUUGUGCCUCUUUCCGUCUCUGGUUUAGUAAGUUUAAAUCUGUUUUAUAUACGGACGACAAACAAAGUGAGACUGUGAACAGUGAGUCCUGGUUAACUUCUUACUUGCCGAGUGAGUGAAUACCUAGACGUUGGAAGUGGCAAGUGUAGUCAGAGAGCAACAAUCUAUCGGUCUGACAGGAAAGACAGAGAAAGAUUGGCAUCAUAAAUAGUGGAUAAAUGAAUCAUGCUUCAUUCAUUAAGAAGAUCACAGUAAUCCAUUGAAGUGGAGAAAGAAACAGUUCCAAAAAAGUUUUUGCAUUGUUCAGAAGAAGUUAUUUUUCAUGCAUAUUUGCCUAUUAUAAAACAAUACACAAUCAGAAUAUUUAUCCUGAAUACAUAUAGUCUGUCACUGGAGCUAAUAUUUAAACUCAAGUCGGCUGAAAUUUCCUUGGGUAGGUUUACCAUCUUUGUUGCAUUUUGCAGACAUCAGAGCAAAGUUAAACUGUAAGGACCUCAGAAAAAUAAAUUGUGAAAGCUGUAGUAGUGUUUUUGGCGCCAUUAUCAUUUGUCCAGGGUGCAGGCAAAUUAAUCACUUUGGUCCUACACGUAUUUUGAAGCAUUGGAAGAAAUGACUAGUGAUACCACCAGCCUUAGAAUAAUGGGGAGCAGUCCAAAGCGAGGUCUAAGCCCAGGGGGAUCUGGCUCAUCCAAGAAGAGGAGGCUGUUUGCUGAAAGCUACGAUGAGAAACUUGAGCGGAGACAUGAAAACCAUCUGACUCGCUUUGGUCGAAAUAACAUCACAACCUGCCGCAGUUCACCAAGGGAGAGGAACGUGGAACAGAACUCAAGACAAGUGCAGUUUCUGAAACGAAGGAAUUUAACAAUCGAUGAAGAGGAGAUUAAAAAAAAUCCUGCCAAAGCAAGCCACCACAGAGCAGAAAGGACAACAGCAGCUGCCACUUCUACUGCAUUUGCUGCUUCAGUCCUGGAAGUGGGUUUGAAGUUACCACCACAGAAUUUAACUGCAGUCAGUCAGACAUCUCCACAGUUCGUAUCGUGCAGCAAUGAUACCCCAUUAAGUAAAGAACCCACUCACUGGGGAGCAAAGGAUUCAAAUUUCCAUUUCUGUGCGAGUGUACCACCGCAACACCAUGACUCAACCAUCAAGAGAAUUUCAAAAAGGGACAAAGCCACACAGAUGCCUUCAGGUAUUCCCGGUGAAAUCGGUGAACUCAUCAGGAAAGAAGCAAGCCAACAAACAGAAUGCGGUGUGGCUGUUCUUGAUAAGGAGAUCCAGCAGCUCUCUGAAUAUCUAAAGGAAGCUCUGCAUCGUGAACUAAUGCUAAAACAGAAGCUCACUAUUCUUCAACAGCUUCUUGCAACAGUUUUGCAGGCAGCAGAGAAAUCAUGGAAGGUGCAACUGGAUGAUGACUCAAUGCGUUGCAAAUUGCAGUCACUUGAAAAUCAGUUGCACACCUGGACGCAGAACUACUCGCGAGACAGUUUGGAGGAAAGCAUGGCUGAAAUGCAGCAGCAAAAACUCAAGUAUGAGCUCGUUGCUAAGGAAUCACUCCAGAAAGCAAUCAAAGAGAAAACAGCUGCUGAACAAACACUGGUCAACGUACAGAGAUCACUGAGUGUAGCAGAGAAGGAGUGUUCUCAUUGGAAGGAGUCCUAUAAUAGAGCAAGGGCAGAUUGUGCUGAACUGACAACCAGACACUCAGAAACCACAGAUCAAUUGCACAUACUUCAGACAAAACUACAGAGAGUGGAAAGUGAUGAUGUGUUGCUCAGGAAUUUACAAACAAAGUUGCACAAUGUACAAAGCGAGACACAGAAACUCUUGGAUAAAAUUGAUGCACUAAGAGAAGAAAAUGAAGUCCAGCAAGAACAGCUUCUAAGAAGCAAAGCAAAUUUACAAAAUGCAGAAGAGCAGAAACAGAUUAUGGCAUCUACAAUCACUAGCCUACAGGAGCUGUUGCAGAAGAAAACCAUCCAGGCUACAGAACAUGAGAAAGUGAUGCAACAGAAUGACUUGCUUAGUGCCAGGAGCGAACACCAGCAUCAGGCACUUCAACUGGAGGUCAACAAACUGAGCAACCAAUUGGAAAAGCAGUCAGCCCUACUUCAUGCCAAAGAGGAAGAGUGCAUUGAACUCCAUUCUAAACUCACAAUUAUGCAAAAUGAGCAUCGUGCCUUUUUAAAAAACAUGCAGCAUCCUCAGACCAAGUCAAAAAGUUUUCAGAAGAAACCUACCCAGAGGAGGUGCUGUCGAUGUGUGGCCUUCCUCCUAAUGGCAGCAACAACAGCAGGGUUGGCAGUGCUCUGGGCAAAUUUGGACAAUAUUCCUUUCUAAGAAGUUGCAAUGAAGCACAUGUUCUUACCAGCAGAAACUUGCUUAAGCCUUUUGAACACCAAAUGUCUUCAAGGUAGUACUUUCAUCAUUUGCAAAGAUUAUUUACUGAAUGUGAUGGACAUUAUAAAAUUGGACCAAUGCAUAAGUUCACAGACCACAGGCUUGCUGCUUGUCCUUGCCAAACUGACUGAGAUCAGAACUUCUCACAUGUGGAAUUCUGACUGCUUGCCUAUGUGACAUGCUUCGGUGAAUCACCGUUUUGGUUAGAGAAAGCAAAAUGAAUGAGAUUUUUUUUAUUUGUUCAUCUACUACUGGACUGUACAGCAAUAUUAGCAGCAGGCUUUCUAAUUGACAUUUGCCACCAAUCCCUUUAAUGCCAGUGAUAAGACACUCACAGAUUGAGAGAAAAGGGGAUAACCACUUUAGAGAGAUGACAGCACAGUGGUCUAGUAAUCCAGAGGUUAUGGCUAAUGUUUUGGGGACAUGGGUGAAAAUACCACCUCGGAAUCUGGUGAAGUUUAAAUUAAAUGAAUAAAUACAUUUGGAAUUGAAAGGUCAUCUCAGUAAUUGUGACGUUGGAAUGAUCACUAAUUGCCUGAAAAUCUUGUCUGGUUCAAUAAUGCCCUUUAAUGAAGGAGGUCAGGUCUGGCCUAGAUAUGUCAGUAGACUCACAGCAAUGUGGCUGAUUUUUAACUGCCCUCUGACAUGGUCUAGCAAAUCAUUCAGUUCAACAAGAGUUAUAGAUUUGUCAGUGAGGCCAACAUUUCAUUUAAAAAAAUUAAAAGAUUUACAGUAUCACACUUCAUUGAAAGUGGAGAGAAUUGUCUGUCAUGAUCAAUGCACUCCUAACCUCCAAAUCUUAGUCAUUGAGAAGAACCACAGUUAAUCCUCUGCUUAGAGUUUCAAAAUGAGAACUUGACAAAUGGGUUGAGGACAGCAGGUGGAUAUAUGUUUUGUUUCCUGACCAAAUAAUUGUUCAGAGCUGAAAAUGUGUUGCUGGAAAAGC